AUGCCUCGAGAGCCCCAAGGACUGCGCUUGAAGGUCGACUCGGCCGAAUGUUGGGUCGCACUGGCUGAUUACCUGGCCUCGAUCCUGAAGGCCGUUGAGGCGAAGGAUUGGAGCUGUGCUGGAGGGUCUGGUCUCGUUCACGACGGCCCGAGGAUCACCAAGCUUCGAGACGAGCAGCAGCUGGCAUGGAGGGGAGGAAGCUCAAGAGAACGAGGGUGGGGAGGGCAGUUUAAGAGGAGCUGUGCCUACUGCUACCCCAGUACUGGGCCGAGCAGUGGUACGGACCAGGGUUCCAAUCCGACCCUGGCUGGUCGUGUCUGUGCCUCGCUCACGCGAAUUUCGACAGGGCCAGGCAGGUUUCGUAGCGAUAUGGCGGGUCUGCGCUUGCUGGUCGAACAGCAAGGGGGAACGGCGCACCUUAACAGCUUCUGA